AUGGCUACGACAAUGAGCGCUAAAGAUGUGAGAAAAUCUUACAUAGACUUCUUCAAAGAGAAGAAUCACACGUAUGUGCAUUCUUCGUCUACGAUUCCGCUGGACGAUCCGACUUUGUUAUUCGCAAAUGCAGGCAUGAACCAGUUCAAGUCGAUUUUCCUGGGAACCGUAGACCCCAACAGCGAUUUAUCGAAAUUAAUUCGAGCUGUGAAUUCCCAAAAGUGCAUCCGAGCAGGCGGUAAACACAACGAUUUGGAUGAUGUCGGAAAGGACGUUUACCAUCACACUUUCUUUGAAAUGAUGGGAAACUGGUCAUUCGGAGACUAUUUCAAGAAGGAAGUGUGCACUUGGGCCUGGGAAUUCCUCACUGAAAAGCUGAAAUUGCAAGGUGAUCGGUUGUACGUUACCUACUUUGGUGGAGACCCAGCUUCUGGUUUAGAACCCGAUACUGAAUGCAAACAAAUAUGGCUUGAUUUGGGAGUGAAACCGUCCCACGUUCUUCCUGGUAGCAUGAAAGACAACUUUUGGGAAAUGGGCGAGACAGGUCCAUGCGGGCCUUGUUCUGAAUUGCACUACGAUAGGAUCGGAGGGCGAGAAGUACCGGAGCUCGUAAAUAUGGACGAUCCCGAUGUACUGGAAAUAUGGAACCUCGUAUUUAUCCAAUACAAUAGAGAAUCCGACGGCAGUUUAAAAUCGUUGCCCAAAAAACACAUUGAUUGCGGUCUCGGAUUGGAGCGAUUAGUUUCCGUAAUACAAAACAAGAGGUCUAAUUACGAUACCGAUCUAUUUGUUCCUCUAUUCGAUGCUAUUCAAAAAGGCACCGGAGCACCUGCUUAUCAAGGAAAAGUUGGAGCUGAUGAUGCCGAGGGUAUCGAUAUGGCUUACAGGGUACUAGCAGAUCACGCUAGAACUCUAACUAUUGCAUUGUCUGAUGGUGGACACCCAGAUAAUACAGGAAGAGGGUAUGUCUUAAGGAGGAUAUUAAGACGAGCAGUGCGUUAUGCAACCGAAAAAUUAGGCGCUAAACCAGGGUUUUUCGCUACUUUAGUCAAUACUGUCGUGGAAAUUUUGGGCGAUGUGUUCCCUGAAGUUACUAAAGAUCCUCAAGGCAUAAUCGACAUAAUAAACGAAGAAGAGGAGCAAUUCCUUAAGACGUUAUCCAGAGGCCGGAGCCUUUUGAACAGAACGAUAACCAAACUAGAUUCGAACGUUAAAACCCUACCCGGUGAUGUCGCUUGGAGAUUGUACGAUACUUACGGUUUCCCGGUUGACUUAACGUCAUUAAUGGCCGAAGAAAAAGGACUUAACGUAGACAUGGAAGGCUAUGAGGAAUCCAAGAAACAAGCACAAAUCACUUCACAGGGUAAGGGUACAGGAGUAGCAGACACCAUAAACCUCGAUGUGCACGCAAUAACGGAACUCCAAAACAAGAACGUACCCCCUACCGAUGACCUCGAAAAAUACUCCUACGAAUCUACCAAUUCCUUAGAAUCCGAAUACACUUUCAAGACCUGCGAAGCCGCCGUAAUAGCUUUGCGAUUCAACAAGGAAUUCGUCGACGAAGUCCACACGGGUCAGGAGUGCGGUGUAAUACUGGACAAAACGAAUUUCUACGCCGAGCAGGGCGGGCAAAUCUUCGAUACGGGUUUCUUGGUGAAAAUCGGCGACGAUAGCGUCGAAUUUUCCGUCAAAAACGUCCAAGUUCGAGGGGGAUACAUUAUUCACAUCGGGAACAUGGAGGGAACGCUGAAAAAGGGCGAUAGAGUUAGUCUGCACAUCGAUUCCGCGAGGAGGAGAUUGAUUAUGAGCAAUCAUACUGGUACUCACGUAUUGAAUUAUGCACUAAGGAAGGUGUUAGGUACCGAAGCUGAUCAAAGAGGAUCGUUAGUGGCUCCCGAUAGACUUCGAUUCGACUUCACGAACAAAGGCGCCUUGAACGCCGAGCAAGUGAAGAAGGCCGAGGAAUGUUCGCAACAGCUCAUAGCGCAAAACCGGAAGGUGUUUGCCAAGGAAUCCAGUUUGGGUGUGGCGAAAACGAUACGAGGCUUGAGAGCCGUGUUCGAAGAGACCUACCCGGAUCCCGUGAGGGUCGUUUCGAUUGGGAUACCGGUCGAAGAUUUGGAGAAGGAUCCGUUCGGGCCGGGCGGGGACGAUACUUCGAUAGAGUUCUGCGGCGGUACUCACGUUUUAUACGCCGGGCAUAUCGGCGAUUUUGUUAUAUCGAGCGAGGAGGCGAUUGCUAAGGGUAUCAGGAGAAUAGUAGCCUUGACUGGUCCCGAAGCUACGAAAGCUCUAAAACGAACUGAAUUACUAGAGAACAGAUUGAAUCAAUUGAGAUCUACCAUCGACAGCGAUAAGGAAGGUCAUAAAUCGAAAGAGCACGUGAAAAGAAUCGUGGAAUUAACAGAGGAAGUUUCUCACGCAUUGAUACCCUAUUGGAAGAAGGAAGAAAUCAGGAACACUCUAAAGAACCUUAAAAAAUCGUUGGACGAUAAAGAUCGCGCAAUCAAAGCGGCUGUAGCUAACAAAGUCGUGGAGGAAAUCAAAGAAUUCGUAAAAGCUAAUCCGAAUUUACCGAUUUUGGUUAAAGAAUUGAAGGCCUUUAAUAACACGAAAGCUUUAGAUACAGCAUUGAAGCAAGUUAAAGCGUUAAGUCCUAAUACAUCUGCUCUGUUUGUUACCGUAGAUGAAGAUUCAAACAAACUGUUUUGUCUAUCGUCCGUGCCCAAGGAGUCGAUCGAGAAAGGACUGAAAGCCAACGAGUGGGUACUGGAAGUGGCCAAAAAGGUUGGUGGAAAAGGCGGCGGUAAACCGGACUCUGCUCAGGCCUCCGGCAACAAUUCUGUUCCGGUUCUCGAUAUUCUGGAACUGGCUAAAAAGUUUGCGGAAUCCAAGCUUUGCUAA